GGGGGCAGGGCCAAGUGGGUGAGUGACGACACGGAGGCGGGAUCUCGGUGGGGUCCCGGGAGGGGGUUCUGAGCUCAGUGCUGGAGAGAAGGGCUGAAAUGGGGCUGGAAAUGUAUCUGGAUCUGAACUCGCAGCCCUGUCGCUCUGUGUUUCUCUUCGCCAAAAAGAACAAGAUCCCUUUCGAGUUCAAACACGUCUCCCUGUUCACAGGUCAACAGCACAGCGAGGAGUAUGCAAAGAUUAAUCCAAAGAGACAAGUGCCAGCAAUAAAGGAUGGCGACUUCACCUUGUCCGAAAGUGUGGCCAUUCUGAAGUAUCUGGCUCGAAAAUACCAAACCCCGGAUCACUGGUACCCGAAUGACCUCCAGAAACGUGCUCGUGUCGAUGAGUACCUGGCUUGGCAGCACUCCACUGUACGCCCCCACGGUUCUAAAGUCUUCAUGUUUAAGUUAUUGCUCCCGGCAUUAACAGGGGAACCAAUUCCUGAAGUUAAAGUGCAAGCGGCUCUGGAAGACUUACGUGGAAGCCUGAAGACCUUCGAAGAGAUUUACCUUCAGGAUAAACCCUACAUUGCCGGAGAUGCUCUUACCAUCGCUGACCUGGUUGCAAUCGUGGAGCUCAUGCAGCCUGCUCUCAGUGGAUUUGACCCGUUCGAAGGUUCAGUAAGACUCGCUGCUUGGCGUGAUCGCGUGAAGAACGAAAUUGGUGUCGAACUAUUCAACGAAGCUCAUGCACCCCUUCUGCAAGUCAAAGAAAUGGCUAUCUCCAUGCCGAAGAACCCUGCAACAGAAGCCAUUAAACAAAACCUGCUGAAAAGAUACAAUUAAGAUGGUGCCGUUAGAAUUCAAAACUUUAUUUUUCUGCAACGGUUUGUACAAACCUUCUUAAAUGCUCCGUGCCUUCAAUACAACGUGUGCUGGGUAUUUCUUUGCCUCUGUCCUGUAUGCACCCCCCCCCCCGCCCUUUCUCUGUCUCUCUCACACUCGCUCGCUCCCUCCCUCCCUCAAGCACAGUAUAAUUUCACUCUUUGCAUGGAGCUUCCCUGCCAUCCUGUGGCCAACCUGUGGUAAUGUGACCGGAUAAAACGUACAUCUGCAUCGGUCCCUCUGGUGGAAAUGGGUAUUUUUGUCAAUAUAAAACGUGAUCAUGAGAAUAAUCCUUGCAUUUGAUCGUCCAACUGAACAGCCGGUUUCACGUGAGGUCCCGUAGCCAGAUGAGGACCUGGGUUCGAUUCCCGGGCACAGGGCGAAAUGUUAGGCGAGUUUCCUUCCUCCGCCUGCCUCUGUUUACCGAGCAGUGAGUAGGAGCACGGUUGUUGGUCGAAAUGGUGCAUCACUUUUACAGGGCUAAUAAUCCCAUCAACAAAUAGACAUCUUUCUGAUGUGAUAAAGUGUUAUGCUAAAUGCAAGGUUUAUUAAUAUUAUUAGAGGGGCCGAGACUAACAGAGAGAGAGGGAGUAAAGAGAGAGACAGAAACUGGGGGCGAAAGCGAGCCUGAUAGAGAGAGAGUGAGAAAUAAAACUAAACAGAUUGAUGCUGCUUGUACUAAUGCCUAAUAAUAACGUACUAACGGCUUUUGGCUAUUUUUACCCAUUCACACUACACCCCCCCCCGCCCCCCACCCCUCGGUCCCACAGUUCAGGGGCAAAGCUCUGAUUGCCCAAUGCCUUGGGACGUACUCCUCAUUUGAAAGACGCCGUACAAAUGUCAGUUUGUAUUGUGCUUGUGUUACCCUCUGAACAAAGAAAAAUGUUUUGCUAUCUGCCCUUAAUUAAACUCUACAACACUAAA